AUGGGGAAAAGAGGGUUAUCAUCAAAUUCGUGUGGAAACCAGCAUGAAAGUCCGUGGGCACCUGAAGAACAUCAACGUUUUGUUUUAGCUCUUGAACAAUUUGGAGGAGGACAAUACACGAGUAAUCAUCAAGCGUGGCAACAAAUUACCACUGCUGUGGGGUCUCGAGACACUUCUCAAGUUAUGCAACAUGCUCGACAUUAUUUCGCUCAUCUUCAACACUUAAAUUCUCAAAAACAAUGUUCGUUUGAAAAUACCAAUUCAAUCUGGUCAUCAGAUGAAGAUGCAGCGUUUGAAAAGAUGCUCGCAACUUAUAGUUCGUCUUCUGUUUGUUAUCCAUGGGACGUUAUGGCGUCUCAUUUUGAUGGUAAAAGUGCCGCAGAUCUAAAAGAACGAUAUCAAAAACUUUGUCAUGAUAUUGCUCGAAUUGAAAAUGCUCCUCAGACAUUUAGAUUUGAUUGUCAUGGACGACGUGACUUUUCUAGAACAAAUCUAAUGAUUGAAAAACGAGACCAAUUGAUGUCUGAUUUGAUGUCUCCACGUGUUCUUGAUAGCGUUAUUUCUCUCACACCUAUUGAAGAGGAAAUUUUGAUUGAAGCGAUGACUGAUGUCUUUGUACCACCUCAAGCGCCCGCAGAGUUAUUGGCUGGUAUAGCAUCAGCUGUUGCUGCAUUUACGAACUCAAGUGGACGUGUACCACCCCAACGAACUCAUUCAAUCUUUACGAAAGAACAAGCUUUGAAAGUGUUAAAUCGACUGCUAGCUGCUCAAGAAACGGAUCCUCAGAUUGUAUUGGAAACAUUGGCUUAUGACCUUCGAUUGCAUCCACAAUCGUUGAAUGUUUCAGCAGGUGUAUCUUUUAGCAGCAAUUCAAACGAUUGUUCACCUUCUACUUCGACAUUUGAAACAUUGACAUCAACAGAGAAUCCUAUGUCUUCUAAAGAAACGAUUCCAUUUCAUCCUUCAUCUUCACCAUCUUCUAAUCAAUUGAAACAAGACAGAAGUACUGAUGGAAAAGAAUCAAACAAGGAAUAA